GGGUUGCAUAUUUGAAUGACCAGUCCCUCUUAUUAUUAUUCAUUUAAAAAAGCGACUGGUGUAAUUAAAAGAAACUCUUUAUGUUAUGCCCGAAAAUACUUUAGCGUUAAAUCGAGUCGUUUAUGUUCAUAUUACAGCAAGCAUUACAAUAGAAAAUACUCAGUUUAUCCACUUCAAACUAGUGGCUCAAUUCAUUCUAGUUAUCCUUUCAAACUGUUUAACUGUCGAAGAAAAUACUCGGUUUUCACCGACUGCAUAUCCGGUACUUGUACAACUUUAGUAACCAUACACAACAUGGUUAAUUUGCCUUGGUGGGGCGUCAUCGUUUUAUGUACUUUACUAUUGCGACCAUUUUUGACGUUUCCGUUGGCUAUUUACCAAGAAAUUAUUUUUAAGCGCCUUUGUACUUUAAAAAAAGAAAUGCGCGACUGGAAGUUUACAAUACUGUUUCAAGCACGCUUUCUUUCUCUGCUAAGCGGUCCGAAUUCAGCUGAGGCAGCCGAUAACGGAAGACGUUUAGCUUCUUCUCUGGGAAUAUACAAGUAUAAAAGUUUAUUAAAAAAACGCAAAGCCUCGCCUUUGAGGUUACUAGCCCUUACUUGGGUUCAGAUUCCCGUCUGGGUCGGUGUCUCCCUGGCUUUAAGACAUUUAUGCGGACAGCCAAUUUGGUUUUUAGAACAAAAGGGGCCCGCAAACGGGAUGAACACAGAAGGGUUCCUUUGGUUUUACGAUCUGACUGCUCCGGACCCCCUCUUCCUUCUUCCCGUUAUAACGGGAAUUGUCUAUCUCUAUAAUAUUCAGCAAAGCAUUAACAAGGAUUCUGGUCGCUUGUCCCGCAUUAUGGCCCAGCUCUCGCGAUGCACAGUGUUUCUAAUUGUGUAUAUAGGAGGGCAUGCGCCUGCGGGUGUAACGCUCUACUGGUUGGCUUCUGCCCUGUACCGCGCGGGUGAGCAUAAAUUUGUUAAGCUUGCAAUAACACAAAAUCCGUUAAUAAAGAAGUUUAUUUGA